AUGGAGCCCUCGGAUGCCGAGCCAGCUGCCCGUGCUGAUUCCACGACAUCCGAACCCGCCGACCUCACUUCCACUAACCCGCACUCCUUGUCGAGAGCAGUAUACGCUCGUCGGUCAGAAUACACACGUCGCCGGCGGGUACGAAUCAAGAUCGGAACAUGGAACGUGGCCGCAUGCCCAGGCACGGAUAAGGAUCUUGCCAGGUGGUUUGUGGACGGAGAGGGGCUGGAUGCUACACAAACGGAGACGAACAAGAACCCCAAGAAUGGCGACGGACAUGAAAAGAUUGAUCUCUAUGUCCUCGGACUUCAGGAGAUCAACGAGCUUACGGCGCCCUCUCAGUACAUGACAUGGAUCUAUGCGCCAGACAGUACCCCCGCGGACAAGUGGAAAGCUGCUUUGGGGGCUGCCUUACCAGAUGGGUACCAGCUCAUCGCCACGGAACAGCUUGCGGCCAUGCUACUCUUGGUCUACGCUUCCCCCGAGGUUGCUCCCACUGUUAGCAAUGUUAGCACUACUAGUGUUGCGACUGGAGCGCUUGGAUACCUCGGCAACAAAGGAGCAGUGUGCGCACGCAUUGUUCUCGGCGAGGCCACCAACUUGUUGUUUGUCAACUGUCAUCUUGCCAGCGGGGUUGAAAGCUCUUACAUCGAGCGACGAAUCUGGCAGGUACAACAGGUCCUUCAAUAUGCGCGCUUCGAACCAAUUGCUGUUGGUGGCAUCACCGAGGCCGAGAAGGGGAAGAUUGGAGAUGAGGAUUUUGCAUUUUGGUUUGGAGACCUCAACUCUCGGUUGGACCAUCUACCCGGUGACGAUAUUCGCCGCCUGUUGAUGCUACAUACCCAGGGAGAAUAUGAUGUUUCCAAGAAGAACCUACGUCGCGAGGACUCGUUGGAAGGCGAAGGAGUAGUUGUGCAGCACUUGUCUGACAGUAGCGAGGAUGCGAAAGAUGAGGACCAGACCAACACAGCCGGGAAGGAAACUAUCGGACAGGACUCGAAGAAGUCUGGCGAAAACAAUGCCGACGACGAUUCUUUCGACCUUCCCGAUCCUGACGAGUUCCCAUUAGACCCAAGCGAAGACCCUGCUUCGCUUCAAACAACAAUCACCUCCUUACUGCCCCACGACCAGCUUAGACGGCUGAUGAAGGACCGCAAAGUGUUCCAUGAAGGCUGGCGGGAGGGUCCGAUCAGGUUCCUACCAUCCUAUAAGUAUGACGUCGGCACUGUCGCCCUCUUCGACUCUAGCGAAAAGCAACGCCCUCCAAGUUGGUGUGACCGCAUCCUGUAUCGUACGCGGGAGGACAGGGAAGCUUUUGAAAAGAAGAUACGCGAGGAAGAUGAAGCAAGGAAGAGGGACGAAGAAAUGAAGGCCCAGGGCAUGGAGAAUGCCGCGGAUGAUGACCAGGUCCUAUUUUCUUACGAUCCCGAUAACGACGGUGACGACCAGCCCAGCUCUUCGGUAUCGCCAUACGAUGCUUACGACGAGAACGACGAUGACGAGGAACAGAAUGGCGAAACUGGUGAGCAAUUGCGCCUUGACCUGUACACCUCCCAUCAGCGAAUUACUUCAUCAGACCACAAGCCUAUAAGCUCCAUCUUCACACUAGAUUGCGACGCUGUAGUACCUGAUCUCAAAGCCAAGGUCCAUUCUGAGGUUGCGCGCGAGCUUGACCGAGCAGAGAACGAGGGACGGCCAGUAGUCACGAUUGUCGUUGACUAUCAGGGUUCUCGCCCGCGCAGCCAGUCUAAUUUCUCCGACAGGCCCGAGCUGGCCAUCGAUUUCGGACGAGUAAGGUUCUUAGAGAAGAUGACAUCGUCUCUUACCUUGGCCAAUACCGGUAGUGUACCAGCUACCUUUGCCUUCGUCGAGAAGCCUUCAACGGAGGGCCCAGACCUUGCUGGGAAUUUUGAAUGGCUAACAACGUCCUUUAUUCGUCCCGAAGAGAGUGACGAUGGCUCAGAGCCUGUUGAUCUUGGGAAAAGGGUUACAUUGGAGCCUGGCGAGACGAUGAAUGCACAUCUAGAGGCCGUCAUCGAUACCGUCCGUCAAGCUCAAAUGCUCAACGAAGGCGAGGCGACCCUGGAUGAGGUUCUGGUGCUGCGUGUUAUGGACGGCAGGGAUCACUUCAUUCCAGUUCAUGCCGAUUGGGCACCAUCAUGUAUUGGACGCUCUGUUGAGGAACUCAUCCGGGUUAGGACCGGUGGCAUCAGGGAGUUCUGCAAUGCUCUAGCCAAGAAGAAUGGGAAAUUUGGCGCGAUUCCGUACGAUUUACCAGCGCACCAUGCUGCGCCAAAGGAGUUGUUCGAGCUUACGGAAGCUACGGAGACACUUACCGAGCGAGCCAUCGCCGACGCCCAGAUGUUGGACGACUGUGAAGUUCCCACCGCUCCGGGCUGGCCUUUUGAGGAAGCCACCUGGCAGGGAACCGACAAAGAGACGCGCACUGCCCAAGUCAUCAGUGUCAUCGAUGCCCUCGACCGAGACGAGCGAAUUCUUUCCGUGUUCCUUCCCGAAGUACCGUCUAUUCAACGCCUGGAGGCAGUCAGUGAAGCCUUCCUAUUCUUCCUCGAAGGCCUGGUCGACGGGGUUAUCACGACGCCAUUGUGGAACCGCAUCGAGCAAGCAGCUCUGCCUUCCUUGGCACAGUCAGUGGCUACAGCAGUCGAUGCCCCCUCGGCGGAAGACGACAAGACUGCGAUCCUCGACAUUCUAGCUACCACUCCCAACCACAAUAUCUGCUUUGUAUUCUUGACGACGACACUCGCAAGGAUAGCUGCCGAGCUGGCACCUCUGACCAAGGCUGAUCUCGAGGCCAUCAAGAAUAGCGAUGCCGCAUCUCGCCCGGGCCUAGUCGCAUUGGGCCGGAAGUCUCUCAGCUUCAGGAGGUCGACGGGGCCGGGAAUUCAGGCGGUUGUGGCUCUCAACAGGCGCAGGGCUAGGGAGAGGAAGUUUGCGGAAGUGUUUGGGGGGUUGGUUUGUCGGGGGUCGGUGUUGGAGAAGGACAAGGAUCGGAAGGCGCUGGAGGAGAAGCAACGGGCGCUUAUCGGGCUGUUUUUAAGGCGGAGGGAGGAGUGA